CCUGUUGUUAUAGAAGAUAAAUCACAGGGCUACAUGUAAUAGUUUCACAUGGUUAUUACUUUCGGUCUAUUCUUGUCGUGCUAGUUUCACCGCUCGCUGAGAUCUCAGCUUGUAAAGAGGCUGGCCCAGCACUUCAAAUUGUUUUAUACAUCAAGUGUAAUCCCGUCUUGCCACACUACACGAAGAGACGCCAAUUUGUUCGGUUUCAAGAUGCAGACGGCGCUUUCUUUGCUCUGAUGAGAGGAAUUUUUUUUUUUAAUUUCAGGCUGAAUAUAUUGAUUAAGAAGUUUUUAAUUUCCGGCAAGGAUGAAAAAAUAGCUGGAGGCUGUGCGAUGUGACAUUAUCGAACAGAUUGUAUUAAAACGAAAAUGUGGGAAAUCAGGUUGGGCCUUGGGUUUGAAAGUUAUGGAUGUGAUUUGUUUGAUUUUCAAUGGAUAUUCGCAUGAAAAAACAUGGAGCAUUUCGUUCUAUUAGGAGUCCUCGUGCUUGCUGGACUAACGCUGGGUGCCGAUGUCUUGACGUCAUAUCCUUGCCCAAGACAGUGCGAUUGUUACCAAGGGAACAUGGAAGAAGAGGUCGUGAGCGUGGUGUGUCGCCUAGACUACAUUCAACAGACCGUGAAUUUCUCCGUGAUCCGCACUGAGGUUACUAGUAUACUAUAUAUUCUGUGUACCUCAGAAGACACGGUCUCGCAUGUGGUUGAUAACAUGUUCAAUACCCUCAACUCCUUCAUGGGACUCAGCAUCGAAAAUUGCAGAAUUUCGUACAUGCCGGAAAAAUUCUUGGCGGGAAUGCGAUCACUAGAACAAAUUGAAAUCAAAUCAGCAGGGACAUUAGAGAUGGAAAAUUCUGUAUUUUAUCAAGUAUCAAAACUUACCCACAUUACGGUUACAUCAAGUCAAGUGACCAAAAUGCCUGACCUCUGUCAGUCGUCGAACUUGAAGUACGUGAAUAUUACAAACAAUGACCUUCACUCUAUAUCAUCGUCUGGUGUUGUCUGUGAAAAUAAAACAAUUCUAUCGAAACUGUCCACUUUAAUUUUGGAUAGAAACUCAAUUUUCAACAUUUCGUCAGGUAGUCUAAAGUCCGUGCCAAACUUGACGGACUUGCGCAUUGCUGAUGGCAACCUUUUGGAUUUAGAAGGAAGUGCUUUAGCAGACGUGACAAAGAUAAUAUAUCUCGACAUUACAAAUAACGCCAUUUCCGAGGUACCAGCAUCCCUAUUUAGUGCCAACCGUGAGUUAAAGGUGUUAGGACUGGGUAGAAAUCCGUUAGGGUUCAUCGAAACGGGAACAUUUUCAAACCUAGCAAAUUUACUAGUUUUGACUCUAGACGACUCUGGCUUGAAUGACACUGUGUGGGAUUCGUUACGGCCCCUCCGUCAGCUGAAAGACUUGCAGUUGCAAGGCAACUACAUCACUGAAUUGAAUCGGACCGUUUUAGAUCAGCUCAUCUCUUUGCAAAAUCUUGAUCUUAGAAACAACAGCAUUUCAAAUUUGUUCACUGGAAUGUUUAAAAGCUUGUUUCAAUUGCAAUUUUUGCAUCUAAGUCAAAACAAUUUAUCCGUUAUAAAAAAUGGAACAUUUGUUGGCCUUCAGAAACUCAUGACUCUAGAUUUACAUGGAAAUAAAAUUGCGACGAUUGAGGAAUCCGCAUUAGCAGGCUUAGACAUUCUAUCAGAACUCGAUCUUUCAGAUAAUGCGCUAAUGGAUAUACCCGACUUUAACAGUGUACAAACAAUGCAAUCGCUGGAUCUGAGUUCAAAUCGCAUACAUACUUUGUCUUCCAAUUCCUUCCAAGGACUUAAACAUCUUGUAAAACUAAAUCUCGCACGAAAUCUUUUAACUACAAUUGUAAAUAGCGUGUUCAUAUAUUCUCAAAACCUUGAGAUUCUCGAUCUAUCUUUCAAUCAAAUACGAGGUAUUCAUAGAGAAGCUUUUGAAGGACUGCAGAGCUUAUCAAAGCUGUCAUUUCGAAGCAACCGCUUGGAAAAUAUUUCCAUGGUUCCGCAGAAUUUACCCGCUCUUAAAUCGUUGGAUUUAAGCUCCAAUAUGUUGUUAACUAAACUAUCGAACGGGAUGUUUCCAGAAAAUAUUGAAAAACUGGAUUUGUCUUACAACAAUAUCAGUGACAUCACAGAAUACGCCUUCUAUAGUUAUCAAGGACUCCACAUCUUGUCUCUAAAAGGCAAUAGACUGACGACACUUUCAAUGAACGAUCUCGCUGUCCCUAUCAAGAGGAAUAAAACGAUGAUGGUCUACAUCGCAGAAAAUCCUUUCAAUUGUGACUGUGAACUGAUUUGGUUGAGGAAGAAAGUGAGUGAAGUGAGCAUGGACACGGGGUUCCCCGUGGUAGGUGACAUGUUCUCCCUGCAAUGUCAAUCUGGUUAUAGGAUUGAAACGCCCGUUCCAUUUUAUACAGUACAAAUUGACGACAUGUUGUGCAUGUAUGACAAGGUAUGCGACAGUGAGUGCUUUUGCUGUGACUUUGAUCCAUGCGAUUGUAAGUUUGUCUGCCCGCGUGGGUGUUCGUGUUACAGCAGUUCAGACUACAUGACGACGCAUUUUGUCCAGUGCUCAAAUCGAGGAUUCAAAGAGUUACCAGCUAGUUUUCCGGCCUUAACAACGGAACUGUCGAUGGACGGAAACAAUAUUUCCGAAAUAAACAGUAACGAUUUCGUUGGGCUCAUAUACCUGAGAGUGAUACAUCUCAACCACAGUGGUAUCACAACGCUGGCCAACUACAGCUUUAUUGGACUGCGACAGUUAAAAGUUCUUUACCUAAACAAUAAUGACAUUCAGAGUAUCACAGCUGGAGUUUUCACCAACCUCUGGAAUUUGACGGAGCUUCAUCUGGAGUACAACAGGAUUUCGUUCAUAGAGGAGGGGGCAUUUUCAUCUCUGACUUCGAUAUCUGCCCUCUAUCUGAACCAUAACGAAUUAGUCACACUCCCAGACUCAGCACUUAAACUAGCAUGGAUUCUACACAAUUCAACUUUGGCAGAAAAUAAGUGGUCAUGUGAUUGCAGUUUUAUGGUGUUCUUCCUCCCUUUUUUGACGAACAGAUCAGCAGCAAUUGCUGAUUAUAGCAACAUGUACUGUACAGAUUUAAAUAAGAGAAUCAGCUUCAGAGAGGUGACUACUAAAGUGUGUCCCAAUAUUACGUCUGCAAUAGUUACCGAUGUGAAGAAGCUAGAUGGACUCUUCAGAAAUUCGCCCACCAUUUUGAUUAUUUUUGCCGCCGUAGCCGUUUUCAUCAUUGUGACGACAUCUAUUAUUGCACUCUUAAUUUGUUACUGGAAACCAAUAAGAUUUUAUAUACACAAAAAAUGUAAAUGUGGAGGAUCAAAACGGGGUGUCGAAGAAGACAAACUGUAUGACGCCUUCGUUGCUUAUAGCCAUAAAGACGAUGACUAUGUCACAAGAGAAUUUAUUCCACGUCUUGAGAAGGAACAACGAUAUAGACUGUGCGUGUAUUAUAGGGAUUUCCCGGUAGGCGGGACCAUAGCAGAGGCAGUCGUCUGCAGCAUUAGCCGAUCUAAAAGAACGAUUCUGUUGGUGUCCAAAAAUUUCAAUGAUCAUGAAUGGAAGAAUAGUGCUUUCCACAACUCGUUUCAAACUCUGUUUAGACAGAAGAGAAACAAUCUCAUCGUUGUCUUUCUGGAGGACACGAGGGGAAUAGACUUAGACAGAAAUUUAAAUAUUCUUGUGAAAUCGCAUCCAGUGAUCAGUUAUCGGGACAUGUGUUUCUGGGAGAAGCUCCAAUAUAUGAUGGGUCAGUCAAAACGAUCCAUCAUGAGAAAUAACACCCCUGAUAUAAUUCUCAAUCAUAACUAUUCUCCCCAAGAUGAUGAUGGAUACGAAACGCCCGUGUCAUCGUCUGCUAGUCAGACGGAAACGGACAAAUGUUCCGGUUUGGAGAGAUGUUCUCUCGAAAGCAUUAAUAAUAUCUACGAAGAAAUCAGGUCUUCAAAACUAUCUGACAUCAGUGCGUUAUAGAAUAGUGUCUGCAUUUUUUUUUUAUAAAUAAAAAGUUGUAUAUAUUGUAUAUUAAGAAAUACCGUUCAACAUUUAAAAUAUUCAAAUUUUAGCAGCUUAAAAAUUUACAAUAUUGUGUUAUAUUUACAGUUUACAUUGUCCUUUAUUUUACAAAUGUCAGCUUACAUAUUUAAUGUGUAUUUAUAGGCCUAUGUUAAUUAUAUGGGCUUUCAAUGUAUGUAUAUACAAUGUACGUGCAAUUUUAUGUCUAGUCAUGCAAAAUAUCGAAAACACCCGAUAAAGACCCCACUACAUACUGUACAAUUAGUGAACGCAAUAUACUGUGAAAUCAGAUUUAAUUAAUAUUAUCGAGGAACAGAAAGUGGGUUCUUGUGAAGAAUUGUUUGAUCCUCGAUAUCAUGUUACCAGGACAUGAACUCAUAUAUACAAUGUAUGUACAGUUUCCAGUAUCAAGCAGCGGCCCGACAGUCGAUGCGAGGGCUAUAGGAUAUAUUGGGCGAGGUUUGAUAAAGCUUGAUGAUUACAUGCUUCGUAAUAAAAUACAAUGUGGAUAUAAAAAAAAA